AUGCACCUUGAUGGUCUCCGGAUUCAUUUACGAGUAACGGAACCGGGCAGUACCGCGGCGAGUUGCCAGAAAGUUGUUGUUUUAUUUCAGAUAAACUGACGACGAGGAACGUGAGUCCUGCGCGCUAAUGCUUGGGGAAAGAAGAAGAUCUGCCCUCCUGGUGACGCGUAAACUGGAUGCUGCUGCGCGUCAUGAGCCCCAAACUCAGGCCAAGUGACAGAGGAGAGAACAGCUUCCAGCCGGAGACAAACUACGGAAUAACGGAGACGGACUGAUUCGGCGUCCGAUGAGGAGAUGAGCUUCGGCGUCCCCGCCAACUCGCUGCUGCUGCUGCGCGCCUGCGAUGACGGGGACUACGAGAGCGCCCGGGGUCUCCUGGAGCCCGGCGCCCCGAGAGAGUCGGGUCGCCAGAGCAGGCUGCGCUCCGAGGCGGGCUCGGAGUGCGCGGCCCCGGACGCGGUGUCCCUGGUACCGGUGGACUGCACGGACGAGGAGGGCAACACCGGCCUGCAGUUCGCCUCGGCCAGCGGCCACGAGAACCUGGUGCGGUUCCUGCUGCGGAAGGGCGCGUCGGUGGACAGCCGCAACAACUACGGCUGGACCCCGCUGAUGCAGGCUGCGAGGUUUGGCCACCUGACCGUCGCCCACAUCCUCCUGGAGAACGGGGCGGAGAUAAAUGGCCGCAACAGGCUGGGCGCCAGCGUCCUGUCCAUGGCGGCCCGCGGGGGCCACGUUCAUGUGGUCAAGCUGCUUCUGGAGAGCGGGGCCUACGUCGACGACUUCGAUCACCUGGCUGUGGCCGCGGAGGCCGUCUCCAACGGCAACAACAGCAACAGCUGCAGCGCAGCUGGAUUUGGAGCGGCUGAGGGAUACCCAGGGGGAGGAGGAGGCAGAGACUUCAUGGACAUCACGGCUCUGAUGGUGGCAUCCCAGCACGGUCACGAGGCCACCGUCUGCCUGCUGCUGGAGUGGGGCUCUGAUGUCAACUUCUCCCAGAAGACCACCGGCUGGGGGCCGCUGAUGGCUGCCACGCUCAGCGGGAAGGAGGCCGUGGCUCAGCAGCUGGUGGAGCGCGGCGCCGAUCCGGACCGGGUCAACGUUCUAUCCAAGACCGCCUUUGAGCUAGCCAUGCAGCUGAAACAAAGGGACAUCAAGGCUUACUUGGACUCCAUUACCACCGUCCGACCCCAGACAGACGACGAGAGAAAAAGGCCAGACGUGUUCAGUGCUCUCAAACUGGGAAAUUCCCAGCUCGUUAAGGACAUCCUGGAGGAGGAUCCGGCUCAGGUAAAUUCAUCCAAUCAGGACGGAGCGUCGCCCCUCAUGAUGGCGGCGGUGAGCGGGCAGCUGGAGGUGGUGCAGCUGAUGGUGGAGAAGAAAGCCGACGUGGACAAGCAAGACUCCGUUCACGGCUGGACCGCUUUAAUGCAGGCCACGUAUCACGGCAAUAAAGACAUCGUCAAGUACCUGCUGAGUCAAGGAGCUGAUGUCAACCUUCGAGCUAAGAAUGGAUACACUGCCUUUGAUUUGGUCAUGCUGCUCAAUGACCCAGACACCGAGCUGGUCCGUCUCUUAGCCUCGGUGUGUAUGCAGGUGGACAAGGACAGGUCCAAGCAGCGGGGCCGAGCUUUGAUCGGCCGCUCCAACAGCAGGCAGUCCCUCAACAACGUCCCCGUGCCUCCUGACGACAAGGGAGGCCUCAAGUCCUGGUGGAGCAGGAUGUCCAAUCGCUUCCGGAGGCUGAAGCUGACUCACACCCUGAGGCACGGCCUCUCGGCCAAUCGUCUGGCCCCGUUCCCGGACGAUGGCGAGACGCCGCUGGAUGCCACGAUGAGGGCCGACGCGAAGGCCGCGGCUGCGCAGAACGGGCCGGCGCCGGCUGCCGCUGCCCAAGGAGUGAGCGACGUGAGCGCCGCAUGGGCUGUGAAGACCAAAGAGCACGCGGGUCACUGCAGAACAUCCUCAGAACAGGAGGACUCUCUAAUAACCACAAUGCUGAGAAGCGGCGCUCCUCUGACCAGGCUGCCGAACGACAAGCUGAAGGCGGUGAUUCCUCCUUUCUUGCCCCCGUCCAACUUUGAGCCGUGGAACUCCGACCGCUCGCACUUCACCAGAGACGGAAAGAGCGAAGCGCCCCGCCUGCCGAUGCCCCCUCAGAGGAAGCUCAACAGCAGCGGGAACUCUGACAUUACGUCCAUCAGUCGCGUCGUGAACAGGUCCAUUAAGUUUCCCAGCAUCCCCAAGGGACCCUCCUCGUCGUCGCCCUCGAACUCUGGUCACUACCACUCCCCCCACUCCUCUGGGGGAUCCAACGGAGUAGCAGGGAUCAACCGGGACUCUCACAAUCGCUCAGGCGGCAGCGCUGACAGCGUCCUCUCACAGAUAGCGGCCCAACGCAAAAGAGCUGCCGGGCUGAUGGAGGUGAAGAGCAAAGCAGCAGAGAAACAGCAGGGCGCGCCUCCUCUGCCGGUUUCUCCGCCCGUCAGCCUGCCUGACGUCCCCUCCCACCCCAGCCUGGUGGCCUCGGACCUCCACCCCAGACGGAAGAUGGAGCUGAAGAAGAGAUCCCAGUCUGGCAAUUCGUCCACCUCCAAGAGCACAUCGCCCACUUUAACCCCGUCUCCGUCCCCGACGCCAAAGCCCCCCUCUGGGCCGGGCGAGUCUCUGUCGUCAGCCUCGUCUCACCCGCGCUCCAAGAGCAGCGGCGGCUCCAGCAGCGGCACCAUCACCGACGAAGAUGAACUGUCUAGUAUUUUGAAGAAGCUGUCGCUUGAGAAAUAUCAGCCUAUAUUUGAGGAGCAGGAGGUCGACAUGGAGGCAUUCCUGACGCUGACAGACGGAGACCUGAAAGAGCUGGGGAUCAAAACAGACGGCCCUCGGCAGCAGAUCUUAGCCGCCAUAUCUGAACUCAAUGCUGGAAAGGGCCGAGAAAGGCAGAUCCUUCAAGAGACCAUCCAUAACUUCCAGUCGUCCUUCGGCAGCAGCGCCAGUAACCCGAGGCCACCGGGCCAGUCCCGCUCUCCAACGACGUGGAUGAGACACCAGGUCCGUUCCUCCAGCAAGAGAUAAGCUUAUCCACGCUGAUGCCGGUGAGGAGAUGCUCCAGAGGUACCGCCCAUUCAGAGCCUGCGUGCUGACGACCCUCCUGCUGCACCGAGGAGGUUCCUGAACGGCAACAAAGAUAAGCACAAGCUCACCUGUUUGAAGGGCCGUCAUAGGACCCGGCUGGACCAAGCCGUCCUCCUGUUGUAGACCGGGAACAAAGCAAAGCGCGUGCUGCUUGGGGAACAGGACACAGUAAGAGGGAACAAGCAGGAGUAUUGAGACAAAAACCUGAGGUACACCGUAUAAGGACUUGGCUUUUGUAAUAAAAAUGUCAGAUGUAUUAUAAAAGCAUUUGAGUCAGAAGUAAAUUGACUGUGUGUGGAAAUUAAA